CCAUUAUUUAAUUGAGGUGUUUUUAAAUUAUGAAACACUGGUGAAGUAUCUACAGUGGUACAAAUACUUAAAAAUAACAAUGGUUAAUAUUUUAAUUCAUUGUGACAUUGAAUUUUCAAUUACUUACUCCAUGUUUUUUUUUACUUUUACUAAGAUGCUGUCCUCGGUUGCUUUAUUGUUAAGAUAGUGGGGGGAAAGUCCACGGUUCGGGCGUGCACGGCUCUGUUCGGCUCAGCAUUGCUACGAGCAAUUAUUAAGGUUGGCAAAACUGGACGUCCCUUUGCGCGCACACCCACAGAUAAGAAAAUUACUUGAAUUUUGACAACCCUAAAUAGCCGAUAGGGAAAGUCCAUACAUUAGAAAGGGACAAUAUGAUUCGACCCUGAAUUGCUGUCAAACUUCGGUUUUGUAGGAAGUUUCCUUUCUGUACGGUAGUACUAAUACUUAUUCUGUGGUUAAGAUAAGAAGGCGCAACGAUAACGCUGCACUAUAUCUCCGUAGGUACAUAUAUCUUUUGUGUUGAGUUGUUGUCGUGUCAACUACUCCGCGGGUGGUGAGAUGAUAAAUAGUGAAAUUUUUGGUCCUAGUUACAUAUACGUCUGAAGAAAAUGAUAAUAGACAAUGUGGUGGUUGGCGAGCCUGCUAUGGAGGUGCCAGGACACCUCUCUUUCGCGCAGUACGUGAUAGACAAGCUUAGAGAGCACUGCCAGGCUGGGGAUGCCGUUGCUCUGGUAAACGGAGAUACUGGCGAAGAGGUAACGUUUCAACAAAUUUUGAAUGAUGUGGUGGGAGUCGCCACAGGGCUUAAGAAGUUUGGAGUGCAGCGUGGCGACGUGGUCGGCCUGUGCAGCGAGAGCCGGAUAGAAUACAUCUCAACUGCGAUAGCCGUCAUGUGCUGCGGGGCCACUGUUACAGCUGUCAACUUGCAGUACCGACCUGAGGAAAUGUCGCACGUCCUGAACAUUGCGAAGCCAAAUAUCAUAAUCGGAUCGUUAUCAGCUCUAAAAAUAAAUCUAAAUACUUUCAAAAAACUAGCAUUUGUAAAGAAGAUAGUGCAGUUCGACGGUACACCUCUAGAGCCUGGUAUUGUCCUGUUGAGUAGUUUAAUGAGCGGUGACGUGAGUGUGGAAGAGUAUUCCCCGGAAGAUGUCCAAGGAUGGUCAGACGUGCUGUUGAUCUUGUACUCGUCGGGCACGACGGGCUUGCCGAAAGGAGUCAUGCUCACACACUUCAACAUACUGUACGGUGCAAUGCAUUACAGUAACGACAAAAUUGAUGAAGAGGCCUACAAACGAUUGCUGACAGUGGUUCCGUGGUAUCACGGCUACGGACUCUUAACCACAAUUAAAUACCUAGCCGUUAAAAAGAAGCUGGUUUUCUUUUCGGGAUUCAAUGCUGAAAAAUAUUUAGGAGCUAUACAAAAGUACAAGAUACAAGUUUUACUAACAGUGCCGCCAAUUGUACUCUUGCUGGCGAAGUCUCCAGUUGUGGAGAAGUAUGACCUGUCAUCAGUGAACGUGGUAUGGUGCGCUGCUGCUCCUCUUAGCAAGGAGAUUAUUCAGGCAGCUCUUAAACGAUUACCGAAUUGCAUCGGAAUAUUUCAAGUGUACGGCAUGACGGAAACGUCUUUAGCGGCGACGCGGGAUGAGAUGGACGCGGCCACUCAGCGGGUCGGCAGCGGCGGCCGGCCGCUUCCGGGCGUCAGGACCAAGGUGGUGGACAUAAAAACUCGUCAAAAGCUUGGCCCCAACCAGCAAGGCGAAGUAUGCAUCAAAGGGCCCAUCGUGAUGAAAGGAUACGUGGGCAACGAAGCAGCCACGCGCGAUGUCAUGGACGAGGAGGGGUAUCUGAAGACAGGAGAUAUCGGCUAUUACGACGAACAGGGCUUCUUGUUCAUUGCCGACAGGUUGAAAGAGAUUAUCAAAUAUAAAGGAUUCCAGGUGCCCCCAGCCGAGGUAGAGUGCGUGUUACUCCAACACCCCGGCAUAGCGGAGUGCGGCGUGGUGGGAGCGUCGGACAUGUCCGCCGGCGAGCUGCCGUUUGCUUUCGUAGUCACCAGGCCCGGGGCCACACUCACGGAAGCUGAGCUGUUGGAAUUCACAGCCAGCCGGCUAUCUCCAGCGAAACGACUUCACGGUGUUAUAUUCGUGAAAGAGAUCCCAAAGAAUCCAUCCGGGAAACUACUUCGCCGCGUACUAAAGCAGAAGCUGAAAGAGAUGCGCGCAAGCAAACUGUAGGUUUUAAGUUUUCUGAUAUUUUUAUACAAGUGCCUUUAUUGUUUAUUAAAUAUAUAAAAAAAACAUAUUAAUGAAUGAA